AUGGCUCUGAUCUCUCAAUCUGACAUACACAUGUGCGAUGACUCUGGAGAUUUUGCGAUUGAGUCCAACGACGAUACGGAUGUACAUGUCGCAGCUCCUCUCGACAGAUCGUCGGACUUCGUUGUCAACCAGCAAAUAGUCCUCGAAGACUUCGCCCCAUCUUCAGUCCAAUCACAGACACCGAAUUCAUUGCCUUUACGACUGCGCAGGCCGGUCAUACCAUCCACCGUCUGGGAGAGGUUUAGGCCGUUCAUCCACGAUCUGUAUAUCGGCCAGCAGCUAAGCCUAGAUGAAGUGCGAGAGAGAAUGAAGGAGCAGCAUAAUUUUGAUGCCACUGAACAAAUGUACAAGAAACGGCUACGGGACUGGGGCCUGCGGAAGAACUAUACCCAACCGCAGAAGCUAGACGCCAUCAAACAGCUGCGCGAAGCCCCAUCCGAGACCCGUGGCGACUUGCCUUUCCGAGUGAACGGUGUGCCUCUCAAGGAACGUCGGCUAUGGCGCCCUGUCAUGCGAAAGAGAAAGCCUGUCAUCCUUGCUCCUCGACCAUCUCCAGUCUACAGGGGAAAUCCACGUUCGCGGCUCCCGCCACGCCUGCGCACACCUUCACCACAGCGGCUUCGGCUCCAACUUGGCUCUGAAACUCAAGCUAUCGAAUCCUUGCUGAGAUAUACGUCUUCAUAUCAUUCAUGGUAUCUGGCCCAGAGCCAGAUCAAGCCUCGUUAUGGGUUGACGCAGCAGCUUCAACAAGUCUUCCAUGGGCUGAGAAUGGCCGGUUCUCUUCUUCGCAGAAACGACUCCAUGGCGUUUGGACUUAUCAAUCGAUCCUGCUCUGGCUUUCAUGCUCUCCUGAAAUCCCAACCGUUUCAACUGAUGCCGGAAGUCCUUAGUACAUUCAAAUAUAUUCGCGAUAUCAGCAGCAAGAUAGGUCUGGCAGUCCUGGAAUUCUUUGCUUUAUUGGCCAAAACAACCUUGGGGGUGUCCCAUCCCAUAACCAAUUUCGCGACUCUUCUCCUGAAUGUCGACCGGGAACAUCUGGAUUCGUGCUUGGGACUAUAUGGAGAACUCCUACUUGACCAAACGAAAUCAGUUCGCGACGACUCUGUCUGUACGAAAAUACAGUUGACCAUAAUAGACAUUUUUAGAGCGUCCGGCCAAUUUGGUGCUGAAUCUCGUUUGUAUCGGCGUCUGUCGCACGCCAAUCCCCUAGAUAAUCCUGUCCUGACUGUAGAGCGCUCACUUCUUAUAGAGACGGCGGUUCGCUUGGCAAUAUAUGCAGGAGAGUACUCAACAAUCGAGAAAUUCCUCAUGCAGAUGCUCAGCAGGAGUAUUGUCCUCAGCGGCAAGCAGAAUGGCGACCCUCUCAGCGUCUUUGCCUGUAUGCAGCUGGGACGGCUCUACUAUCACAUGAAAUCGCCGGUUAAGAGUGAGAAGUUCUUCCGAUUGGCAAUCGAAGGGGCUCUGCAACAUGGCGGCUUUGAAGUUCUGACCAUGUUAGCCAACGUCGAAGCUGUACUUUUGUCUUUCAAAAUGAACAAAGAGGCCGCUCAGCUCCGGAUUGACUACCAGCAAGUUUGGGCGCAAUUGGACGAGUGGAGGCUCGAUCGUGGGUCUCAGAGUCAGACAGAUUUCGUCCAAAGCCAGAUAUGA